AUGUCCGCUCCCCCGUCUCCUCUUCCGCCACCCCCCCGCCCCCUGAGUCCAAAUGGUCUUUCCCAUUGUGCCCUGCUCGACCUGUCCAUCACAGCGGAGCCCCUCCUACCCCCCCUGUCAAUCACGGCAGAGCCCCGCUCACCUGACUCCGCCAUUGGUCAAGUGAAGCAGCGCGUAAAGACAACCAAUCAGCUCCCAGCGUGUCCAGAGGGGGCAGAGCUUAACACCACGCUGGCGUUGAGGGCGGAGCUUCAGUCCCUGCAGGGGCAGCAAUGGGACGCAGCUAAAGCUCUGAAAGAAACUCUGGAGAAAAACCAAAGAACUCGAACGAUGAUCAACAAUAGAGCCACGCGAGGCGUGUCCUUCUCAUCACAUGACCGCCUUUACUCUUCCCUGGUGAGCGUGCACGUGUCUGAGAGUCAUGUGCCCAGAGCUGCCAUUCCAUUGGUCAGCGCUCCAAAAGCACCGCCUACUGCAGGACCUGACCUCCUGACCUCUGACCCUUACCACAGGCCCCUCCCCCUGCAGACAUGCCCCACCCCCUGCGUGAAGCCCCGCCCCCACAGCGCCCCCUUCACCCUGAGCCAAAGACGGCAGCGCUGGGACUGUAGUUUAGGCCUCUGA